UCAAUGAACAGUAUUCGAAGAGACACCGACGUGUUUGGACGCAGACGUGUUGUUGUGCAUAAGAUUCUGUUUUGUAAAAAUUGCCCGACCAAAAUAAUCGAUGGCAAAAUAAUAACCAAGUGAAUGUGGUGAAUCCAAACAGCAAUUAAACAACAUCGAAAAUGGCAUCAAACACUUUGAACGAUGAAUCAUGGAUCGCAGAAUUUUAUCAACAACUUUCAUCUGGUAUUCAUGUGUCCGACAAUUUGUUCAUCGAAUUUGAUCGCACGCAAAGUGAUAAAUCAUGCUUAAUUUUCGUUCAAAACCACACAUCGCAACACCAACGAUUGAUGUCCGUGCAUAUCGAUUUGCCGACAGUCAAAUUACGCGAGGAAUUGCCAAUACAAAUAGAAUCAAAAAGUGAUAUAAUACUCAAUGUCGAUGCGGCCUAUAUUCCGAAUAAGUUCUGUUCGGUUGCAAAAGUGUCUUUCAAUUUCGAAAAUAGUAAAAUUGUGCGGCGAUCAAUUCGAAUUACUUAUCGUCAAAAAGGACCGGUCAUUCCACGAAGCGAUUACGAUGCUCCGAUUGAAUUCAUUGAAUUGAUGUCUGACCAUCAAAUGCAUCACGACCAAUUGGUGGCCAUUUUGGAUUGUCAAAUAUCCACGAUGCAUGACAACUACGCACAUUUUUUUCAUUCGUUGUUGUAUUUAGAGGAAGUGGGACAGUUACAAGACUUUAAAAAUAAAUACAGUCAAACCAGAGCGGUAUUCAAUGACACCGAUCGUCGUCGAGAAAAUGGAAGAGACAUUCGAACAAAAUAUCCACGGGGUAUUUACGAUUUGCAAGUGAGCGAACUGUUUGAGACACGUCCUUCGCUUAAAAUUGGUGACAAAGUUAUUGCGCGUGCACAUUCUACGCUGACAAAAUACGAAGGCAUUAUUAUCAAAAUGAAAGACGAUGACUUGCUGAUUAUACAGUUUGGUGAUGAUUUCGUCAACACAUUCAAUCAUCUAGAUUAUUUUGUGGACUUUUCUGUAUCACGUUCAACCAUCAUUCGGCAACAUUUUGCUAUCGAUUUGGCUGUUGAAUUAUUUGGCAUCGAGUUUCUUAUGCCAAAUGGUGUCAGUUUGCGUGAAAAAAAUCGCACAAAUGUGCACAUGAAUAGAUGGUUCAAUGGCAAUUUGAAUUAUCAUCAACAAAAGGCAGUGAAACAAGUUCUACGAGGCAAUUUACUGAAUCCAUACAUCAUUGUCGGUCCACCAGGAACGGGAAAAACCACAACGCUCCAAGAAAUCGUUUUACAAAUAGCGACCAUAUUCAUGGACAGCAAAAUUUUGAUCAUUACUCAAAGCAACAGUGCCGCCAAUCUCAUAACCGAGCGUCUGGUUCAGGAAAAUUGGGAAGAUUCGCUUAAUUUAAUACGUUUGAUUUCGUUCAAUUACAAAAAUCGUCAAGAUCGUCAAAAUGCUGCACACCACAUGAUACCGAGUGCGAUUCGCGAUUAUUGUAAAGGCAUCGACGAUUUGGAGCCGGACAGAGAGAUGCGAUUCAUCGAACGAUUGGAACUAAUAAAGAAAUUUCGUGUUGUGAUUGGUACAUCAUCAACGAUUGCACAAUUGCUGGAAGGACACAAUCUUCGGAAUCACUUCACACAUGCCAUAAUCGAUGAAGCUGGUCAGUGCACCGAAAUAGACGUACUUGUGCCGAUGGUGCUUGUUGGCAAAGUGGGUCAAAUCAUAAUGGCAGGUGACCCAAAUCAAAUGCCACCUCUCGUCAUUAAUAAACACGCAAAUGAUCGUGGAUUAUCGAUUUCAAUGCUCAGCCGUCUUAUCGAAUGUUAUGCGGAAUUCGAUGAGGAUAAUGGUUUAUGUUUGAUUUCAAAAUUGGUCAAUAAUUACCGUUCGUUACCGUCAAUUUUGGAUUAUUGCAACACACUUUUCUACAAGUCAGAACUGAUUCCAAUGAUUCAUGAACGAGACAGUGACGAAGCCAGAAUAUUGAAACACAUGGUCGGCAUUUUUCCGGACAUUGAAAACGCUGGCGAUUAUGGAAUACAUUUUGUAAAUGUUGAAGAUGGUCACAAUCAAAAGAAGGAAACUUCAUGGUUCAACAUUGAAGAAGUUCAGGUGAUGAGACAAAUUGUCGUAAGUCUGCUGGGAAAACUGAAGGCUUUUGGAUUAAAUGGGGAAGAAAUUGGUAUCAUAACACCGUAUGCCAUGCAAUCACGAGCUCUGAAAAAGUGCUUCGAAAGCAUUUCAGAUGACAUAAGAAUUGGUACAGUGGAAGACUUUCAAGGCUUAGAACGACAAAUAAUUUUGAUAUCGACGGUUCGAACAUGCCAAGCCGCUGCCAUAAUCGACACAACCAGAAGAUUGGGCUUCGUUAAAUGUCCAAAACGUAUCAACGUAGCUAUGUCACGCGCACGUGCAAUGGUAAUUGUAGUCGGAAAAGCAGAGCUACUGUCACGCGAUAUGCAUUGGAAGAACUUGAUCGAAGGAUGCAAACAGCAGAAUACGUACCGAACCAUGAAUGGACGAAAACCUUACUAAAACUCAUGGCGAAUUUCAAUUGCUAUUAAACUACGUUUCCUAAUGAUUCACAGCACUUUUUUAAUGAUUUGAAAGCAAACACAAAUUCUGAAUUAAAACAUAUUGAAUAGACAAAAGUAUGAAAAACUAUUAAAAUACGUAAUAAAAAACAUUUGC